AACAACUUUUUCAAUAUAAACAUAUUAUAUCCGUUAUUAGAGUCCCGCGUAUCAUUAUAGUUUAAAUAUCUAUAUCGAAUCCGUAUAAAUGUUUCCAUGACAAGCCGUGAUUUGCCGCGUUUUGCGAAUUAUUUUGAAUCCAAUAUUACAAACACAAUUCACAAAUGAUAAUCAAUAAUACAUAGAACGAUGAAUGACGGAAAACGGAGACUUGAUAACGUAUAAUUUCUGCAAUAUGAUUUCUUACUGUUCCGAGUAGCAUAAGGAGAUGCAUAGAAACUCACACUCGGAAAUCUGCAUAGCUGUGGCAAGGAUAACAACAGACAAAUAUUUCUCGGAUACGUAUCCUAGCUUGGAACAUUGGAUAGCAUCACGAGACGACAUUUUACAACGAAUACUGCCUAGUCUGUCGCGUUACGUAUGCCAGUACGAAAAGGAGAUGAUAUUAUGUGCAAAGUCGUGUUAUGUGUGUUACCGACAGAUAAACAGAAGUCUUUGCAAUAUUUGCUAUUCAGCCAAUUUUUGUGAUGAUCACCAAGUGGAAUUUAGUUAUUACAUGGGUAGGACUGCGGACAAUAUUACAUUUAUUAAUGGCUAUGUACACAGAAAUGAUCGACAUACUCGUCCUAAGAUGUUAGACGAUCAUAAUUCAACUCUUGCCUGGACAUUAGACCAAUAUGUAUAUUCUGAGGUUGCAUCCGAAUCGCUGACAUUAUACUACGCGUCAAAUUUAUUAUCUGUUACACUCAAUGCACGUAAAUACAUUGUUCAACUUAUAGACGCAAAUAGAAUAGAUGUAGUAUCUUUACAAAUUUGGCAUAUUUUCUUAGGUUACUUUACGAUAAAGGAAUUGCAUAUUGUACUUAUACAGUCGCCAAUAUUCAAAUCGCGCGAUCUAUGUUCUGUUUGUAGUACGUGCCAUAGUAAUAAUGCGUCACUUGAUAUUCAGCUAAUUUUUAGGUGAUCUCCAAAUGCUAUGUAAUCUAGAACAUAACGAUCACUACAAAGAACUGUUACUAUUAUUAAACGUUAAAUUCGUCUGUAUGUGUAGCAAUAAUUUGCAACUAUAUCUAAACAAACUCAUGUUAACCACAUUUCGUGAUGCUAGACAUUAACAUAACAUGACUACAUUUAUUAACAGAUAUUUAAUAAUGGAAGAACUAGAUAAUAUCAAAAAAAGAAUUUUCUUAUCCAACCUUGAUGGUCAAACAUUAUAUAUCUGAUAGUAAUACCUGACAUAAAUAUGUGCUUGAUAAGAACAUUGUUUGAAACUGUAACAACCAUAGUAGUACAAAUUCAUUGUGCAUUUACUUUUAAUCUUUCAACCUUGGAUUGCAAUACGCAAAAUAGACAAGAAGUAACAGGUACAAGAAGAAAUCGAUCGUAUAGAAAAAAUAAAUUCUGCAGUUGGCCAUAUAGAAGCCAUGUGACUAGUGGAUAUACUGAAAUACUGAAUUUCUCUAUGAUUAUCGCAAUUAAAUAACGUGGACCGUAGUCCUGAAAAAGAAUGGUUGAUUACCAAAAGAUGUCCGCUUUUAGCAUAUCGUUAAAGUUGUGCAAAUCGAAAUUUUUACUCGUAAAAAGUUGUUUAUAUACAAUCAUAUAUAACUAUAUAAAAUCAAA